GGCUCACUAUCAACGAUAAUUCAUCUUUUUCAUCUCUGAAGCUUGUGUUUUUGAUAUAUUUUCGAUUUACUGCAUGCAAACCAUAUAUUUUUAUUUUAUUCAAAUUCUCGCGCAGGCAUGAAAAUUUACUUUUUAUACAUUCGGAGCUUCGAAAAAAGUUAAACGUUGACUUUUGCGAACGUUGAAAUCAGUUGACGCAUAUUUAAAGAAGCAUAAUUGAUCACCAAAAUAAUGAAUUUUUACCAUAUUUGUUAUCUUCAAAGGCUUCUUUAUUUCUGAAUCCACACAGUUGCCAAAAUUAUCUCUGGCCCAUAGUGAGUGGUAGAUCUCAACAAUUAGAUAAAACAACAAACCAAUUGUAAAAAUUAGUUAUCAGCUGGCAAAAUGGACUCAAAUCGGGUAGGUCCAUCCCGAGAAAAAUCGCAGAACGGUCCCCAGGAGCCUCCUGUUUAUUACUCUGUGCCACCCGAAAAAUAUCAGGGGGCAUUCGGAAUUCAAUCGAACGGGGAGUUGGGAGAUCAAUCCCCAGACUCCGUCGCAAGUUCUACUCCGCGCGUCUCGAAAUGGGCAGGAUUGAGAAGAGCAAUGGGCAUCGCUAGAAAGAAGGAGAAACCCUCGAAAUGGAUUGGGAUUCGGUCAGCGCUGGGAAUCUCGGGCGAGACGCUGAUUCCAGAGAUAGUGGCUUCGACCAGUGUUUUCUGGGUAUUCUUCUGGAUACUUGCCUAUGUUGGUUUGACUGGGGUGUUCAUUUACCAGAUGUCUGUGCUGGUGACGCAGUAUCUGGAGUACGACGUGGACACCACCAUCACCCUUGUGAGGAGUACGGAGUCCACCUUCCCCAGUGUCACUGUCUGUAACUCCAACCCACUCCGCAAGAGCCUCAUCUCAAAACUCACCAAAUACGAAGUAUUGGCGGAGCUGGACAGUUCAGUGACUGGUUCUAUGUUCAACUCUCUCGGCCAGGACUUUGACAUCAACUACAGUAGCAUUGUCUGCGAGGACUAUCAAACACAAUGUGUCAAUUCAAUGCAAUGCAUUCCGUCGAGGUGGAUAUGCAACGGGAGAAAAGACUGCGACAACAAUUGGGAUGAGGGCGCCGAUGUCAACGGAAGUCCGCUUGACUGUGAUCUGCACGACAACGGAAUACCGACCGAGUACAACCAAUGGAACCCAGACGGGUACUGCAACGAAGGAUUAGUGAGGUGUAACGAUACUAUACCGCUGUGUGCUGUACCAUGCAACAACAUCACCGAGUGUCCCGACGGAUUCGAUGAGGCAGCAGACCCCUUGAACUGUACCCAGUUUGCUCUGUGCGGGGGAGAUCUAGCUGCAACGUCAUCAGACCAGACUUUUACUUCAGACGGGUACCCUUCCACCAUGUACAAGAACGACCUAGACUGUGUCUGGCAGAUUUCCACAACCACUGGGGGAGAGAUCAUCGAGUUGUCCAUUGACUCUUCGUUUGAUAUUGAAGCGGACGGCAGUGGGACAUGUCCUUAUGACUUCCUCAUGUUCCACGACGGCAACAGCCAGAUUGAUGAGGUCAUUCGUGUGGAUGGGCGGAAUAAACUCUGCGGAAGCGUAGCCCCAACUGCACCCAUUCGGUCUACAGGUGUCAAAAUGCUUGUUAGAUUCUUCAGCGACUACACUGCACGUAGAAUGGGGUUCCGGAUAACCUACAAAUCAGCUCCACCGCCGACCGCAGCAAGGGUCAAGAGGGAGGCGGAAGAAGCUGUUAUUAAGAUCAACAGACGUGGUCUAGAUAUGAACAUGGCGCCCGCGUACACUCGGAAUAGAAGGGAUAUUCAAUCGAUGCUGAGGGUUCGAAGGUCAGAAUCCGGAAGUAGUUCCGACUCUUCGUCGUCAUAUUCAGGAUCCUCUGGACCCUCAUCAUCUUCCAAUUAUUACGGCAGCGAUGGUGGCCUGACUUAUAAUUCGAACUUCUGGUCCAAUUACUAUUCGUGGUACAAUAAUUUCGACCCCUACUCGGCCUUUGACGAAAACAUGGCUGAAUACGACUGGCGCCAAGCGUAUGACGACUCGACGGCCCUCGACUAUUCAGAUCUCAGACCAUUUGCCCGUUUUCCUCUUGAGGAACUGAAUUAUUUUGGAACCCAGGCCAAUGAUUUCAUUGCCCAGUGUACUUACGAUGGUCGCAACUGUGAUCCUAGCCAGUUUAAACAGUACCCAAACCCAAAGUUUGGAAACUGUUUCAUUUUUAAUUCGAUUUAUGAUACGAACAUGCAGAAUGGAAUCUACUCCGAAGUGAGAAAUACUUCCAAGACUGGCAAAGAAAACGGACUGAAACUGACUUUGUUUCUGGACAAGGAAGAAUACAUCGGCGUGUUGAGCCAGAGUUCUGCUGCCCAGGUGUUAGUGAAUGCGCCAUACGUUCCCCCUCUGCCUGAGUCUGAGUCGUUCACAGCGUCUGCAGGAACAGCAACUCUCAUCGCCAUAAAACAGGAGGUCAUCGAGCGAAAAGGAGGAAAAUACGGUGAUUGCUUGUCUGAGUGGCCGAAGUUCAUAACCCUAGACCAAUCUUUCACCGCCGUAUGGCCCCGUUAUGACCAGAAGGUUUGCGAACAUUACUGCGUUCAGUCCGAGACAUUUCGAGAGUGCGGAUGCAUCACCGACUACUUUGAUGGUGUGCCGCUGUGUUCGGGAUGGAACGCUACAAGCAGAGACUGUACAGUUGAGGUGUCGAAACUGUACAAAAAUGGCAACUUCACUUGUCCUUGCAACGCCGCUUGCAACGACGUACUCUUCUCCAAAGAGGCCUCAACUGCCGAGUGGCCGAAUGUAAACUACACUCCCUAUUUGAUCGAGAAGCUUCGUAAGUACACCACAUCAGAUCGCAUCACCGAGUACCUCCAGAAGAUCGUGUCGGAUCCUUCGGCCUCAGUUGAGUCGCUGAAUACAAACAUCAAGAAGAACUUCGUGCGUGUCGAAAUCUACUAUCAGAAUCUAAAUUUCCAGAAAAUACAGGAAAAACCGAGUUACAGUACGACUCAAUUGAUUACUGAUUUUGGCGGCAACAUCGGACUCUGGAUUGGCUGGAGUGUCCUGACGUUCCUGGAAAUUUUCGUAUUCUUCAUCAAUAUGAUGAAAGUUAUCAUUUUUGGCAGCGUUUGAGAGUUAUUGUUACUUGAAAAUCGCCCCAAUUCGGUAAAUAACUAACAUGGGUGAAUUAAGAGGAGGGAGAUGCUGGCUAAUACGAUAGAUACAAUAGUCAUUACACGCGCCAAUUUAACUGAAAAAAUUAAUAAUUUACUCCAAACUCCAACCGGCCAAAUUUCAAAUAAAAAGCUAUAGUAUGAUAUCUAGAUUGUAGAUUCAAUGGUUGCGUAAGAAUUUUUCUAGAGGGUUUGAAAUUUUUUUUUAGGUUUAAUAAGGUUUAAUUAUAACUUUUUUGAUCUACUAACCGAUUGCAGAAUAUGUUGAUUGAUUAUU